UGCCGCAGACAGCAGCAGCAGUGAUUCGGCAACGCAGAGUAACAACAAAUAGCAAAACAAAUCUCUAUUUGAAUUUUAAACCAUGGCGAUGUUUUAAGCAAUGCCUUUUGAGGAGGUACAUGGAGAUGUGAGGAGGACCCAGUGUCCCAUGUUGCAUUAGUGUCUGUGUGAAAUGCUGGCCUGUCUGCCAGGGCCAGGUGACCUCUCCCUCCAGCUUCUCUCACACACGCAGAUGAACACUGGACUUCAGAAAUGGGACACUACACAGAGGAUGAGAUCCGCUCAAUAUCCAACCCCUGCAGAAUUGGAUGCUUAUGCUAAGAAGGUUGCCAACAACCCCCUGACCAUUAAGAUCUUCCCCAACAGCGUCAAGGUCCCCCAGAGGAACCACGUGCGCCGCACAGUCAACGGGCUGGAUACCUCUUGCCAGCGCUACAGCCCCUACCCCCCCUCUCAGGCCAGCGCCAAGGCCGGCCUCCUUGCCAUCAUCAAGAUGCCCAUCAUCAAGGGCAUCCUCAAAGACUUUGAUGGCAGCCGGGUACGCCUGCAACCCUCCGAGGUCAUCAUGAACCCCCCUGGCCCCGGAGGGCCAUACGCAGCAGCAGCCGCCUCGGCCAGCACUUUAAACCUACACCACCCCCCUUCCCAAAGCCAGGGCAUGCCCCGGCAGAGCCUGAACCCUCACCCUGGGAGCCAGACUCGCCCUCAGACUCUACAACAGACUCACCCCCAGCAGCAGGGUCAGUGCCAGGUCCUCAGACACCCACCCUCCAUGCCCCAGCAGCACCCAGAGCAGAGUCUGCCCAGGGCCCAGACUCUGUCCCACCCCCCAGCGCUGGGCCACCCCCAGCCUCCCUCUGGCCCCACUCUCCUGCUCCAACAGCAGCAGCAACAGAACCUUCAGCAGCAGGGGCAGCCUCCUCCCGGCCUUCAGGGGGGCCGAAAGCUGCCAGACGCCGACGCGC